ACGCGUUUUCUAAAACGAAAAAACAUGGAAAUUGAGGAACGCUCUCUCUUCUCUUUACCAUCGUAGACGACUCCAAUUUUAAAAUAGCACCAAAGGAAGGAUCCGGGCCGGGCUUUUCGGGCUUCAGUAAUGGGUCGUUUUUCUCUCAUCAUGAAAUGGCACCAUCUCCACAAUCGCAAGCCGUUGAAGCUCUUGAUUUUGCUCUUCAUUUUGUUUUCAGCUCAAAAUGGAGUGGUUUGGGGCUCCGAUUCCGAUAAAUCCGCGCUUCUCGAGCUCAAGGCCUCAAUUUCAGACCCCUACAGUGUGCUGAGCAGCUGGGGUUCCAACAGUCCGAAUCACUGCUCGUGGGCCGGGGUUUCGUGCGGGCCGGGUUCGCGGGUCGUUGCGCUGAAUAUAACCGGCGGAGGUAAUUCUUUGUCUUGUGCUCGAAUUGCUCAGUUUCCGCUCUAUGGGUUUGGGAUUAGGAGGAAUUGUUUGGCUGGAAAUCGUAAAAUUUUGGGUAAAUUGUCUGCUGCUGUUGCUAAGCUUAGUGAACUCAAGAUUUUAUCACUGCCUUUUAAUGAAUUGAGUGGUGAAAUUCCUGCUGAAGUUUGGGGUAUGGGAAAGCUUGAAGUGCUUGAUCUUGAAGGGAAUUUCAUCUCAGGCGCUUUGCCCUCUCAAUUUAGUGGGUUGAGGAAAUUGAAACUUCUUAACUUGGGAUUCAAUAAAAUCUUUGGAGGGAUGCCAACUUCUUUGUCAAAUUGUACGGGCCUUCGAGUUCUGAGUUUAGCUGGGAAUCAGCUGAAUGGGUCAAUUCCGAGGUUUGUGGGCGGGUUUAGGGAUUUAAGCGGGCUUCACUUGUCCUUUAAUCUGCUUAGUGGAUCUAUUCCAGUUGAGAUUGGUGAUAAUUGUGGGAAGAUGCAGCAUUUGGAGCUCUCCGGGAAUUACUUGACUGGUGAUAUUCCAAGAGAAAUUGCUAAAUGCAGUGGGCUAAAGACCCUUCUCUUGUACUCGAAUCUGUUGGAGGAGGUUCUUCCUAGUGAGCUUGGUCAGUUGAGUCAGCUUCAAGUGCUGGAUGUUUCGAGGAACAAUUUUGGGGGCCCGAUUCCACCUCAGAUUAGUAACUGUACAAGUCUUUCAGUCCUUGUAUUGGCAAACUCAUGGAAUCCUCUUCCAAAUGUUUCGAGUUUAGGUGGUAGUUAUUCGAUGGAGAAGCUGUCAUUGCCUGUUGAUGAAUACAAUUUCUAUGAGGGUACACUCCCUGAUGAAAUUACUCGUCUCUCAAGCUUGAGGAUGGUGUGGGUGCCUAGAGCAAUGCUGAACGGGGACUUCCCUGAUAGUUGGGGAUCCUGCAGCAACUUGGAGAUGCUGAAUUUAGCUGAGAACUAUUACUCGGGGGAAAUACCUGUCAGCUUUAGCAACUGCAAGAAGCUGCGGUUUCUUGAUUUGAGCUCGAACCGGCUAGGUGGGGAGAUCAGUGACAAAAUUCCCGUACCUUGUAUGGAUGUGUUUGAUGUCAGUGGGAAUCAUUUUUCGGGCUCAAUACCCAGAUUCAGUUACGAAUCUUGUGCUCCUGUAAAAUCCUUGUAUGGAGAUUCUACAGAUACUUCUGAUCCUUCUUCUGCAUACUUGGCAUAUUUCAGAUAUAGAGCUCAGCUCGAAUCCUCGUUGCCACUUUCUGGAGAUGGGGAUAGUUUCUUGGUGUUGCAUAACUUUGGUUCGAACAACCUCAGUGGCCCCCUGCCACCAAUGCCUAUUGCAUCUGAAAGAUUAGGAAGCCAAACUGUUUAUGCAUUUCUUGCAGGCAGAAACAAGCUUUCUGGGACUUUCCCGGGAGCUUUGUUGGAGAAGUGUGUUCAAGUUAAAGGUGUCAUAGUUAACGUGAGUUAUAAUGAGUUAUUCGGUCAACUCCCAACUGAGAUGGCCACAGGUUGCAAGUCCCUCAUACUGCUAGAUGCUUCCAAGAAUCGGUUUUCUGGAGCUCUACCUCCCAGCAUUGGCAAUUUGGGUUCACUUGUUCUUCUGAACUUAAGCUGGAAUCCUUUGCAAGGUCCAAUUCCAAGCAGCCUUGAUCAGCUAAAGGAUAUCAAACGUCUCUCUUUGGCUGGGAAUAAUCUGAAUGGUUCAAUCCCAGCAAGUUUGGGGCAGCUUUACUCUCUUGAAGUUCUCGACUUGUCCUCAAAUUCUCUAUCCGGUGAAAUUCCAAAAAAUCUUGCGAAUUUGAGAAACUUGACAGUUCUCCUCUUGAACAAUAAUAAACUAUCGGGGCAGCUUCCCUCUGAACUGGGAAAUGUAUCCUCUAUCUCAGUGUUUAAUGUGUCGUUCAACAAUCUGUCCGGGCCACUGCCUCUCAACAGCAAUAUGAAUCAGUGCAAUAGCUUUCUUGGGAACCCUUUUCUUCAUUGCCCUGUGUCCUCUUUGUCCUCACCAUCUGCAGAGCAACAGGGAAUAGUGGGAAACUCGCCAGGCACUGCUUCUUCGCCACCAUCAACUCCGAGGCAAGGAGGAGGCAACAAAAGCCUUAACUCGGUCGAGAUUGCUUCCAUAACAUCAGCAGCAGCAGUGUUCUCGGUUUUCCUUGCCCUCGUCGUUCUCUUCUUUUACACCAGGAAGUGGAAACCGAGGUCCAGAGUCAGCGGAACUGCUAGAAAGGAAGUGAUUGUGUUCAACGACAUUGGCGUACCACUGACCUUUGAGAACGUGGUGCGUGCUACAGGCAGCUUCAACGCGAGCAAUUGCAUUGGCAAUGGAGGUUUUGGGGCGACAUACAAGGCAGAAAUUGCACCCGGUCACUUGGUGGCCAUCAAACGCCUUGCAGUUGGCCGUUUCCAAGGAGUUCAGCAAUUUGAUGCAGAGAUCAAGACUCUGGGCAGGCUUCGCCAUCCGAACCUCGUGACUCUGAUUGGAUACCACGCCAGCGAAACGGAGAUGUUUCUGAUAUACAAUUAUUUACCGGGUGGCAAUCUGGAGAAAUUCAUACAAGAGAGAUCAAGCAGAGCUGUUGAUUGGAGGAUAUUGCACAAGAUUGCUCUCGACAUUGCUCGCGCACUUGCCUACCUGCACGACCAGUGCGUGCCACGCGUCCUUCAUCGUGAUGUGAAGCCUAGCAACAUACUAUUGGACGACGAGUACAAUGCUUAUCUGUCGGAUUUCGGGCUGGCCAGGCUUCUCGGGACUUCGGAGACUCACGCCACCACUGGCGUGGCCGGAACUUUUGGGUACGUGGCACCGGAAUAUGCCAUGACCUGCCGCGUCUCAGACAAGGCAGACGUGUACAGCUACGGGGUCGUGCUGCUGGAGUUGAUCUCGGACAAGAAAGCCCUAGAUCCUUCUUUCUCUUCCUAUGGGAACGGUUUCAACAUCGUUGCUUGGGCGUGUAUGCUACUGCGGCAGGGGCGUGCGAAAGAGUUCUUCACAGGCGGAUUGUGGGACGUGGGCCCGCACGACGAUCUGGUCGAAGUGCUGCACUUGGCAGUGGUGUGCACAGUGGACUCGCUGUCGACAAGGCCGACGAUGAAGCAGGUUGUAAGGCGGCUGAAACAGCUACAGCCGGCGUCGUGUUAGGGUUUAGAGUUGUAAUUGUAGGUACUUGUAAAUGAGAAGUAUAGCUUCCUUGUCCAAUUUUUCCAUGCCAUGUCUAAGGUCCUAGAUUAGAUUAGAAGAAUGCAUAUAUUUGUUUCCUGUAUUUUUUAUUUAACAUCUCUUUGUUCAAAUAAUAGCAAAGCACAAGCUUCUUGAA